GAUAGUUUGGGAUGAUCGUCUUAAACAAUGGAUUGAUGUGAAUGAUCCUGACGGUGUUAAUGAUUUGAACAAAAUACCACCGCCUCCUUUGGCACCUUCAUCGUCAACAUCAACAUCAUCGCCCUCAUCGUUUGUUAUGCCAAGAACUGAUGAAAAUCUUAUGAAUGCUCCUCCCAAUUAUCAUCAACAAUCAGCCCCCAUCAUGUCAGGACCGAUUGCAUCACGUUCGAGUAUGCGUCGAUCACGUUAUGUAAAUAUCAUGGCUAAUGAAACUAUCCAAUCAUCAUCACCGCUGGAGCCUCCUCCAUUUCCAAAGACACCAACAAACAGCUAAUAGGAAUAAUAAUAAAUGAUGACUGAUUCAUUUGUUUUAUUGUGUGCGUGUGUGUGCGUGUAAUUUCUGUUUAUAUUUUUAUGAUUAGAAAUCACUUCUCGUCCGACAACUUGUUGCAAUAAAAAUUCACCUCUCUCUCUGUGUGUGUGUAUACCGAUCAAUCAAUAAAUCAAUCAACCAAUCAUGUUUUUUUCCAAUCGGAACACAAUUAAUUAUCAAUGAUCAUACAAAAUCGGUGUAUGGACAUGAAUUAUUUAUUAUAUGUGAGAGAAAGAAAAUGUACUACUACUCUCUCUUCUCUCUCCAACCACAAAAAAAUAAUUAUCUACACAUACUACUUAAUAAUACUAAUAUGGCUUGUCUUAAUUUAUUGAUUUUUCUCAUUUAAUUUUUUUUUAAAAACAGAAAAAAAUAUUCUUUGUUUUUCUAUUUCAUAGGUGUUAUUCAAUGAGUGAAUUUUUUUGUUUUAAUCAUCCCUA